AUGGCUACCGCUCUUAAAAAUAUAAUUGUCGUCGGGGGCUCCUAUGUCGGAAAAACAACCGCCCAGGAGCUCGCUCGAGUUGUUCCCAAUACACACCGGGUCCUCCUAAUUGAGCCGCACAGCCAUUUUCACCAUCUUUUUGCUUUUCCCCGCUUCGCCAUCCUCCCCGGUCAUGAACAUAAAGCAUUCAUUCCAUACACCAGCCUGUUCAGCGCAGCCCGCAAUCCCACCGACCACGCCGUCAUCCAGGCUCGCGUCCUUUCCGUGCAGCCGCACCAUGUAAACCUCGAUCGCGAGUGGCAGGGUUUAGGCAAAAUUCCGUUCGAGUACCUUGUUGUCGCGACGGGGACGCGCCUCUCUGAGCCGGCGGGUAUGCGAGAUAACGACAAAGCCUCAUCAGUCGCCUAUCUCCAGAAGCACCAGGAAGACAUCAAGAAUGCAAGCUCAAUUCUAAUAGCUGGUGGUGGCGCCGUGGGCGUUCAGAUGGCAACGGACCUAAAGGAGUACUACCCAGCCAAAGAGGUCACUGUCGUGCAAUCACGCCCGCACCUCAUGCCGCAAUAUCACCCGCGGUUGCACGAGCUGAUCAAAGAGCGGUUUGACGAGUUGGAGAUCAAGUUCAUUACCGGCUCGCGUGUAAAAGUCCCACCGUCCGGCUUCCCACACACAACACCCUUCACUGUCCAGCUGACAGACGGCACGGUCCUCCCCUCACAAUACGAUUUUGUCAUCCUAGCAACAGGCCAGACGCCCAAUAACGAUCUCCUCUCUGGCCUGCCCGCUUCAUCGCCUUCUUCAGGACUUCUCAACCCCUCCAACGGGUUUGUCCGCAUCCGCCCAACAAUGCAGUUCGUCGACGAGAAAUACCCACACCUCUUCGCAGUGGGCGACAUCGCAGACACCGGGCUUCGCAAGGCCGCAAGGCCUGGUGCCGCACAGGCAGCGACAGUGGUCAAGAACAUUCUGGCCAUGAUUGAGGGAAGGCAACCGAUGGAGGAGUACCCGCGGGCGCCAGCGGGCAUACAUUUGACGUUGGGAUUGAAAUACAACGUCGUCUUCCGAAAUCCUUUGGAGGCGGAGGGGCAGACUGAACCGACGAUUAUUAAGCGAGAUGAUGGCCGAGAGGAUAUGGGUGUCGAGGCGUGGUGGGAAAGGCUCGGAGUGGCCGUGAACGAGCGCCAGCAGUAUCACCUUUAG